GUAUGAAGCUGUGUUUUUUGAUGUAAAACUUCUGUAUGCUCGGAUCUGGCUCAAGCACUGACCAAGAGCAUCAAAUCAUGCAAAUUGUAUGAACAUUGCAGUUCAUUAAAAUGCAAACUAGCUCCAGUGUGAGUAUACACUAUUAUAUGCAAUAACCCUUUUUGUACCCAUGAUAUGCAAAUUCUUUAGUUUCUGAUCGGUUUACUUUCUUGAUAACCGGACCGAUGGCUGGGAAUCAUGUCAAACUAUGGGAUGAUUGUUCAAACUUUGCGACUCCAGUAUAAGGGUUAUGUAACCUUAUGUUUUACUCAAACUUUUGGAGAUAGUUAUGGUUAAGGUUGUGUUGUUGCCAGCCAUUGACUAGUUUUUGGAAUUGGCAUCAGGAAUGUGGGCAUCUCGCAUUACGGCAUUAGUUAUGUUGAUGCUCGUCCGAGGCAAUGUGAAGAUUGAUAUAAACUACUGUUUGGAUUAGUGCAAUGACAGGUAAUUUGUAACAUUUGACCAGACUUGAUCUCGAGCGAUGGCCCUAAGUCGGCCACAAGGCUCCCAGUCAAAACUGCCCAAAUGGAAUAAUCCUUCUAUGAUGCUUCAAAAAUGUCCAUCCUUCUCCGUAGAGGAAAAGCAGGAACAAGAUGAGCUAGUGGUUUUAUUUUUAUUUUUGUGUUCUUAUCGUCGCCCCUUUUUAUAUGGGUUAAGUAAUCUCAUAUCUUCGAGGAAUCUACUAUGAUUUCUAACAAAGAUUAACUGUUUGUUUUUUUAUUAUGAUUUUACAAAUAUAAAAUCUAAAAACUCCAAAGAAAAAAAGGGGCAGAUGUAAAUUCCUCAGCUAGAAGGGGUCAAAUGCAAUGGUCAUUCUGUCUGUUGCUUCACAUAGCUUGCAAAAAACCUUCCCUGCCUACUUCGACAACAAAGAACAGAAUCAUAUUCCAGUGCCACUCACAAAAACAUCCUCCAGCUCAUAAAAAGUACAUGAUACAUCAGGAAGGAAUCAAGUUCCCUAGCUCAAAUCUUGCAUUCGUAGCAGAAAGUAGUAGUUGAAACUCCACUUCAAGCUUCAAUGGAGUUUUCAGUCAGAUUAGAAAGACCACCCCAUGAGGUAACUAGUAAACACCAAUCCAUCAUCCAACCAACAACUGUAAGUUUCACAACUGGGACAGCUUGUAGUCCUCUUAACACUAAACAGUCCACAAUGAUGAUUAGCGAGAAGUUGAGGCGAGACAAAGAGGCUCUCUUUCAUGGGGGCGCAGCAUAUUCCACUGUCAAGUUUAUUUCAUCAACAUGAGGAAGGGAUGCACUUAUUCUUAUCAUGCAAAAGAGGGAUUCUUCCAUAGACUUUAUGGGUUUUUCAAUGCUUUGGAGAACAACGAAGGGAUGAUCAACACUUGGUUAUGAGCAACAUUCCGCGAACAAUGUCCUUAAUGACUGCAGAUAUGGUAAUCUCAUUGCGAUGCUCAAUUUAGUGUUUGCAAAUCUAGUACUUGUUCCGCGAGAAUCAUAUCCAUCCUAGCUAUUUAAAAGUGCUAGAUAUGAAUGAGAACAGUUAAUAGGCCAGGCCUGCUUCAUUUACAACUGUGUGAAACAUUCAAGAAAUUUCACAAACUAUGAUGCCUUUCGCAGAGAUUGUUUUUCGACUGCCAGAUUGUACAAUCAUAUGAUCAGAUGACACUCGAAAGACGGGAUGCUUCAACUUGAUCGACAACAGAAGGAAGGAUGAUACUUAUUUCAUGUGCUGGAUCUCACAUCGACAAUUGGCUUCGAGUAAAUGGAUAACUUCUCAUCUCCUUUCCACUGUUGACAAUGAUCGAAUGACGAAUAUAAAGUAUCAAGAAGAGAAAAGGGAAUCUCAUGCUCAUUUCAUAUUCCUUCAGUUGUUUAUAUAAAAGAAUGUAUCUGAUUCUGCUGUUGCUAACCAGUCAAAGAGAACCUUCAAACUUGCUUAAUUAAAUAAUCUGAGCUCGAAUCGAACAAGCCUGUUCGAUGUUCAGCUUCUUAGAAUUCAGUAACCUGGAAAGAUGGCAGUCUCAAAAUUCUCUUUACAAGUAUAUGGUUCUUUGAUUUUUUUUUUAUCGGUCUUUAGCCAAAGAAUAGAUAUUUAAGGAUCUAUUCUUCUGCACAUACAACUAGUUAAAGUUGUUAGCUAAAAAAAAAAAUUGCCUCUGAAGAAUAUAGUGCCAACUUAAGUCCUUAAGAACAGAAAAUCAAGGACUAGAUCUCUUUUCGAGUUGCUCUGAAGAUCGGAUCGACUUACGGGUGGUUUAUUCAAAUGAUUCCAAAUUCUCAUUUGCAUUUGCAAUUUGCCUUAUAAAGUGAGCUUUGUGCCAACUCUCACCUGCAAGAGAAGCACUUGAGCUUAUAUAGACAUGUCCUGAAGCUAUCCGUUUCGACUACUCACCGAUACGACACACCCGUAAUUCAACCUAGAUCAAGGAUCCGAUACACAUAAGAUGUAUCAUCAUCACCAAGACUUCAACAACAUGCUUCAAGGAGGAAGCAUUCCUGAUGAGUCAGGAUUAUUCUUGUCAACCGACGCGAAGCCGAGGCUGAAGUGGACACCUGAGCUCCAUGAUAGGUUCAUAGAAGCAGUUAAUCAACUUGGUGGAGCAGACAAAGCUACACCGAAAACAAUCAUGAGACUCAUGGGAAUUCCUGGACUGACGCUGUAUCACCUCAAAAGCCAUCUUCAGAAGUGCAGGCUCAGCAAAGCUCAGGCACACACUGGAGGAGGCAGUAAGAGUGGUAAGAGCAGCAUCCCAAUUUGCAAUCAAACUGUCUCAAUAAGACACAAUGUUGCAGCAGAGAGACCGAGCGAAACUGAUAUUAUUCGACAGCCGAAUAGGCAUAUUCAGAUAAAUGAAGCACUGCUAAUGCAAAUUGAAGUGCAAAGACAGCUACAAGAACAAUUGGAGGUUCAGAGGCAUUUACAACUCCGAAUCGAGGCGCAGGGGAAGUACUUGCAGUCUGUGCUGGAGAAGGCUCAAGAGGCACUAGGGAAGCAGAAUCAACUCUCUGAACUGGUCUCCAGUGCAGUCUCAAAUGGAUGCUUAAGCAAUGCAGUUCCAGUUCCUGAAGAUCUUCUUCCCAACUCCAACAGUAGUUUACUUACACCAUCUGAAGGCUUACAAAAGGAACGAGAAUCGAAUCGAAAGCCAUUUUCGUCUUCUAUCUCGGGAGGAGGAGGAGCUGCUGCAGAAGCUGACACUGAAAAACUCGAUCUCAAUGUGGAUGAAGAUGAUGAUGAAGGUGCAAUUGAGAGCAAAAUUGACUUGAACUGAAAGUGAAAUAGAAGAUGAUUUAUGGAGAAUGUUGAAUCAAAAUUUGUGUUUUAGAUG